UUAUUUAUUUAUUAUUAUUUUUUUUUGUGUGUGAAAAUUUACUUUUGAUGUAUAUAAAAAAGUUCAUAACAAAAUUAAUUUUGGUUAAAUCUCUUAAACCACACCGACCCACAUUAUGCGAUUUGCCUUCUUUUGGUAUGCUUUGGUUGGGUUGAUGGUUCGACACCCUCCCAUUUUCAACUUUUCCUAACUACCCCACCUCCUUUCCAUCUUCAAAUUCCUUCACGCGCCACCAUUAACAUCCUUAAUCUGUCCCUACCUAGCUAACAGCUUGCACACACACACUCUCUCUCUAGAAAAAAAUUCUAUAAGAAAGCAGACAACCGCCGGUGUUGAUGCUGGAUUACUACUCUUUUUCCGCUUAUAAAUUUCUCCGACCGAGUUUUAAUUUGGUAGUGUGUGUAAUUAGUUAAGAUUUGAAACAAUUGACGUGAUGUUAGACCUUAACCUAAGUAUUUACCAGACCGAUUUGAUGUCGUCGGAAUACAUGGAGGAGGAUAGCAGCAGGAAUAAACAGAUCCUUGAGCUAUCUGUUGGCACUUCAAAUUCUUCCGUCGUGAGUAACGCCGGCGACGAGGAGCACUCACACUCACACUCGCACUCGCACUCCUGCUCGAAUCUCACGUAUGGUUUUGAGAUACUGAAACAGAAUAAUCUAGAAGAAUUUCAGGAGCAUAGGUCAGAUCAUAUGGUGGUUACAAAGCAGCUCUUUCCGGCGAUUGACGGUGGUGGCGGUGGCGGUGGCUUCAUUCAGCAGCAUUGGUUGGAUAAUGGCGAUGACGAUAGAUUAUUCAUGUUGAGGCAACAACAACAACAGCAGCAGCAGCAGCUGCAUAUACAACAGGUGAAGAAAAGUAGGAGAGGACCGAGGUCUCGAAGUUCUCAGUAUCGUGGUGUUACGUUUUAUCGAAGAACAGGAAGAUGGGAAUCACAUAUUUGGGAUUGUGGGAAACAAGUUUACCUCGGUGGAUUUGAUACUGCACAUUCUGCUGCUAGGGCAUAUGAUCGGGCUGCAAUAAAAUUCCGCGGUGUUGAUGCUGAUAUUAAUUUCAAUAUAAACGAUUACGAGGAUGACUUGAAUCAGAUAAAAAACUUGACAAAGGAAGAGUUUGUGCAUAUACUUCGUCGUCAAAGCACUGGAUUCUCAAGAGGAAGCUCAAAAUAUAGAGGUGUUACCCUACACAAAUGUGGUCGCUGGGAGGCUCGAAUGGGCCAAUUUCUUGGAAAAAAAUAUAUCUAUCUUGGAUUGUUCGAUAGUGAAAUCGAAGCUGCAAGGGCUUAUGACAAGGCUGCAAUAAAAUGCAACGGGAGAGAAGCGAUCACCAACUUUGAUCCCAGCUCAUACGAAGGCGAGCUUAGUCUUGAAACAAACAAUGGAGAUAAAAGUGAUUACAUGGAUUUGAACCUGGGUAUCGCUCCUCCGUCUUUAACAGAAGGUGCUAAAGUCGACGACGACACCUUCCGCAGCUUGCACGAGAUCAACUAUAUUUUAGGUGACAUGUCUUCACAGGCCGCAAGAACUACGGGAACAACAGUUGAUAAUCAUCCCCUAAGUCACGGAAUGGGAGAAAGAUUGACAGAUUUCUUGGCUCCGUUGCUGCGUGAUCCUCCGUAUUGGGCGGCACCAAGGCAAGUGAAGGCUCAUUGCGGCGGAGCUACACCACCAGUUUCAUUCCUGCCGGCUGCAGCAUCAUCAGGAUUCGGUAAUUCACCAUCACCGGCUGCUCCUGCUCCUGCACCACCCAUUCCUCACUGUCCCUACAAUGUCAACAACAUUCCAUUGUACUACUGUAGAAGUUGAAGGUACAAGUAGAUGAAGCACAUCAUUUUUUUUUUAUAUAGUUGAAGGAGAAAUUAACAGGUUGUUGGUUUACCCAUAACAAGAAAAAAAUGUUACCUUGACGAAGUAUUAAUUAAUUAGUAGUAUUAUCAAAAUAAUUUUUAUAAGAUGUUAUUCGUGUAUGUUAAUUUACUUAAUAUAUAUGCAUGGA